AUGAAAGGGUAGGCGCUUCCUCCCCGUACGACACGUAGCCUAGAAGCCGCGAGCAGGGAGUGGGUUCCACGAUAAACGUAGACAUCCCUGGGUUUCGAGUCUCCGGACAGCUCGGUUCAUUUCGUUAGCGAAGGCGAACGGUGGUGCAUAGCAAAGCGCGACAGCUGAUUCCGGUACGGUGUGUUGCGUUGAGCUGAUCGUUUUUCUCUGACUAUUAAACGCAGCUCGCAGUUCGUAGUGUGGAUUGGUUGGUUGCGGCUCGGGGUUUUUCGAUCGUCCCGCGUGUGUGUGCGUGUAAUGCGCGAUUCGAGCCAGAGACAAGAGAGAAAUCGCGUUAUCGGGCGGACGACACUUCCCUCGGGGACGAAUGCAGCCUCGCGAUUCGGAAAACACCUCAUCGAUCGUCGGGAAAACGAAGGCGAGGAUUAAGAGCGCAUCGUAACGAUAUAGGCGUUCGUGUAUAUAUGUACAGAUGUGUGUAUAAUAUAUAUAUAUAUAUACACAAAGCGAGGCCUGUCGAACUUCUACCUUAUUAGAUAUUGUGAUUACCGUGUGAUCACGAUUCUCUUGGAAACGAGAAGUGCAGUGCACGGUGGUGCGACCGAAUAAAGGGCGGAAAAACAGAGGAUGCACGUCAUCACUAUCAGGGCAUGAAUUCGGACGUUGCUAGAAUAUCGAAAUCAACGUUCGACCGAUGCAUCAGCAGAUGAUGGCAGAUCUGAAGAAUCUCACUCUGAGCGUAGGGAGUUCCAGGUACAGCGGCGAUGAACAAGUACAGUUCAUACCGGGCGGUAGUCACCAGGUGACAAUUAAAUCACCUCCACCCACGCUACAUUUGGAAAACCUCAACAAUGCGGUCCUCAGUGGCUCGCAAAACAAUCUCCAUUGCAACUGUAACGGUAGCGCGUCGAAUGGUGCCGUGGUUGCAAUGUGUAGUAACAGCAUGUUCGCGAGAAAAGUACCGAACCAUAGUCCUGGACAGGAUGGUAAAAGGCCAGCAGUAACAUUGACGCAUCUUCCGAAGAGGCCACCGGUUGACAUUGAAUUCAAGGAUCUCUCUUACAGCGUAUCCGAAGGCAGAAAGAGAGGCUACAAGACAAUUUUGAAAGGUGUGAACGGGAAAUUUCGAUCGGGGGAACUGACUGCUAUCAUGGGACCUUCCGGCGCUGGAAAGAGUACUCUCAUGAAUGUUCUGGCAGGUUACAAGACGUCUAAUCUAAGCGGUUCCGUACUGAUAAACGGAAAGGACAGGAAUCUGAGAAGAUUUCGAAAGAUGUCCUGUUACAUAAUGCAGGACGAUCGUCUAUUGCCCCACUUGACGGUUUACGAAGCCAUGACGGUUUCAGCGAACUUGAAGCUGGGGAAGGACAUCAGCGCGAAGGAGAAGAAAGUAGUGAUUGAAGAAAUCAUUGAAACACUUGGCCUGAGCGAUGCGAGCAACACACAGUCUCAUUGCCUCAGUGGAGGACAGAGAAAGAGGUUAUCAAUCGCAUUGGAGCUCGUGAACAAUCCUCCGGUGAUGUUUUUCGACGAACCAACUUCUGGUUUGGACAGUUCGACUUGUUACCAAUGUUUAAGUUUGCUCAAAUCGUUAAGUAGAGGAGGGAGAACGAUUACAUGUACUAUACAUCAGCCAAGUGCCAGGUUGUUCGAGAUGUUUGACCAUUUGUAUCUUCUGGCUGAAGGGCAGUGCAUGUACGAAGGAAACGUAGGAGGUUUAGUUCCCUUUUUGUCGUCGAUGGGUUUAGAGUGCCCCGGCUAUCACAAUCCAGCAGAUUAUGUGAUGGAAGUGGCAUGCGGAGAGCAUGGAGAAUGCGUGCACAAGUUGGUGAUGGCUGUUAACAACGGCAAGUGCGCCAAUUACCAACACCAUCAUGCCACGAUUAAUGCAGUUCAAACAGUUUCGAACGACAUAGCAAAGGAAUCGCCGCCGCAAGAGACGAAAUCUGAGACUGCCUUGAUACCAAACGGUGUUGUUAAACAACCAAAUGGCGGAACGGCGAUCAAUAUGCCGAUUUCAUGCACAACUUCUUUGCUCGACAGCGCUGAGAGCAUAGAGAUGAAAGUCGGCUUUCCAACGAAUAAUUUUACCCAAUUUUGGAUCCUCCUUAAGAGAAUUUUCUUAUCGCAAAUAAGAGACAUGACAUUAACGAGAGUAAGGCUGAUAUCGCACAUAAUCGUUGGGUUUCUCAUCGGUGCGAUUUAUUACGACAUCGGUAACGAGGCCUCGCAAGUAAUGAGCAAUGCCGGCUGCGUCUUCUUCACGGUGAUGUUUCUCAUGUUCACUGCUAUGAUGCCUACCAUUCUUACGUUUCCAAUGGAAAUGGCCGUAUUCGUGAGAGAACAUUUAAAUUAUUGGUAUUCUGUAAAAGCUUACUAUAUUGCGAGAACACUGGCUGAUGUGCCCUUUCAAAUAGUGUAUUCUAUAGCGUAUGUCGUCAUUGUAUAUUUCAUGACGUCGCAGCCAUUGGAAGCGAAUAGGUUCAUGAUGUAUUUAACUAUAUGUAUAUUGACAGCAUUAGUUUCUCAAUCCAUCGGUUUAGUAAUAGGUGCAGCGUUGAGUGUGGAGAGCGGAGUGUUCAUUGGUCCCGUGUCAUCGGUGCCAAUCAUUCUGUUCUCCGGUUUCUUCGUCAAUUUCAAUGCCAUUCCAAAGUAUUUGAAAUUUCUUGCGUACGCGAGCUACGUCAGGUACAGUUUUGAGGGCACCAUGAUUUCUGUGUAUGGUUACAAUCGUGCUAAGCUCAAGUGUUCCGAAGCCUACUGCCACUACAAGAGCCCGACAAAGUUCCUCGAACAGAUGUCGAUGGAGGACGCCGUCUUCUGGAUGGACGCCGUCGCGCUCACAGGUUUCUUGCUUAUCUUGAGAGUGAUAGCCUACUUUGUACUCAGACUGAAGUUACGAUCUCUUCGUUAAAGCGGUGCAGUGAUCAGAAGAUAACCAGUAAUCGACGCGUAAUCGUGUUACGGCUGUUCGUUGUACUUAGAUCUCGUCGAAGAUCGUGCGAUCGAUAGUUGCGAACUUAUUAGUGUACAUAUGUGUGUUCCGGCGAAAACGGUCUUCGAAAACUCACGAUUACGAUUCUGAAUUUCUUUCCUCAUCGAAUAUAGAACGACAUGCGCAUACGAAAGUGGUGUGUUGUAACGCGUCGAAGCUUUCUCCACGUCUAUUUGCCAGCCGUGAAUCGACGAAAUCUGUUCAAUUAUUAAAACUCAUUUUAAUCGUAGGACAAGCGAAUAAAAUCGGUUAUUUCUGGCAUGUAUUUAGAACGGUUCAUCGAAGAUGCAAAUCGCAUUAAAAUGAAGCCUGCCUGCAUUCUCGAUGAUGCGUUUCGAAUGCGGAACAUGGAACGAAGGGUGUUACGAGUGUUACUUCACACGACGAGUAUGUCGAAGAGGCUGGCUAGGAAAAGACUCGUACUGCAUAGAAACAUUUUAGGCAUUUCUAAUGAACUAGAAGUACGCAGAAGUUAGUAUUCGAGUUGUACAUCAUCGAUGAUAGAUCGAGACGAGACCACCGUUGAUAAUACGCAUCGAAUCGAUACGCAAACAUUUAUAGCCAAUUACUACAAACUCGCCAGGAGCCUUAGGCCCAUUCAAGACUCAUGGUCCCUCCAACGAGCGCGUGUAUAUCACGCGAACAAAAUAGACUUUUUCAAUAGAUAAACAAUAGAAUUUAUGGAUCGAUGAUUAGAAUGGAUUCUUUAUUCUCGUGUUUAAAUCGAUCGCCAUUCAUUUAGGCUACGAAAGACGGAUGCCUCGAAGAUAUACAAAAAAAUACACAAACGACCAAUAAUCGUUUCACAUGUCGGACGAAAGAAAUUUUAAUCGAAUCAUUGAAUCAACCUAAAGUAAUGAAUUUCUGCGUCCAACGAUACUUUGUUUAUAUCGACGAGGCAUUAGAAUGUAUUUGUACUCCGAAAUGAUUUCUUACCAAUCCUUACUCAUAUCGUCAUUCCAUUAAUAGAUAUGUAAUUCGAUAACUAUAACGUUUAAGCGCGGCAAAGAGGAAACGGUAAGCAUGUAUUGUAAAAAGCUCACACCUGACCAAUCACUAGCUGCCUGUGCGUUUGCUUUUAAGUGAGAGUGCUGAACAUUGUUACAUUUAUUACGACAUAGUCGUUUAAUUACGAGGAGGCGCAGGGUGAAGGGAGCAUACAUAUUAAAAAAAAAUGAAAACAAAAAGUAGGCACGUGAGUCUGUAUGUUAACGAAUUUAAUAAGAUUAUUCUGGUUUUGGAAACUUAUACAGGAAUUAUUUUCACGGCCUAUACACUGUUCGUAUGACGAUGGGUUCAUUUAUUCAACGACUGAUGAGAUGAAAAACCAAUGAAAAUUCCAUAGAUUCGUUUCCUUCACUUUAGAUCUCAUUGCUGCGUAGCAAUUUGUGAAAGCCGUAACAUGGCUAGGUACAGAAUAAUCUUAACGUUAUAGUCGAUCAAUAUUAUUAUCCUUAGUUUAACGUUAUAAACUAAUAUUCUCCUCGAGCAGAAAUAAUAUUUGUUAAACGAUAGCCAUAUAAAUAUUUUUAUAUUCCAAAUAUUAUAUAGAAAUUCUACGUCUAAUUUGUUCGUCUAGGGUAAACGAUCUUUGUCGAUACGAUCGUCCUUUUCGAGGUUUUAGUUAUAUUUCAUUUAUCUUACCGGUAGGGAUGGGAUGGAAAUAUAUUCAAAAUCAAUUUCGAUACGCGCUUAUUGUAUUCGAGGCGAUAGGUACGCAAAGCAGCGAUAAUACUUAUCGCAUACAUAUUAAAUACUUAGAAAUUCUCAACACAGGAUCCUUCGGAAUCGUGCUUCUUUAUUUAAUCGAGUCGUUCUCAAUUUUACAGAAAAUCAUCCCGCCUUUAAUUUUCUCUCUCAAUUUUAAAAAUCGGAUGAUAGGAGACUGUAAAGAUUUUUACGACUAUUACGCAAAGUAGUACGCUUUUCGAAGCGUCGAAAGACGAACGCCGACGUAGUGUUUCCGAAGUAAACUUUUUUUAACCAGUGAAUAAUUUACACUUCGCGUAUAAGUGGUAAAUUAAGCUGUAAAAACGUAAUUCAUGAUGAAAUUAUAUCUAACGAAUCGUAGGGAAGCGGGGGGACAAAAAAGUUUUCAUAUUUUUAGACUCGCUAUAUAAUUAUUAUCGUUUGUACUUUUACUUAAUGUUCUUAAUCUAAGGGAGCAGAUUGACAAAAUAUCUAGGCAGGAAACAACGAGGCACUGUAUUAUACGUGCGAAUACUUCGGUUUUUUUUCUAUAUAAUUUUUUUAUUAUUAUUAUUGUUGUUGUUGUUAAACAACUUAUAGUAAACAUUGUAUCGUGAUCAAGUCAUCACUGUUGAAACUUAGCCAUGAACUUGGAAAUCUUAUGAUUAUUUUCAUUUCAUUCCGAAUGCGUUUCAAUGAUGGUAACUUGGAAUGUCUGUGAUUUUGUACCGGCAAACAAACACUCAAAGAGUUCUGUAAAAUGUACAUAAAGAUGUGUAAGUAUAGGUAUUUAUGGAAACGGGAUAUAGAAGGAUACACUGAGAUUGAAUAGAUACGUUGAAAGUAUAACAAUUAUGCUUUUCUAUUGACACGAGGAAGUGUUCAUUGUUACGUUGAAGUGUAUAAACAUGUAUACAUAUACCUGUUUAGAUUUCGGCCGCGUCUAGUAUGUACUGAAAGUGAGAUUUACAAUACACAGUACGUUCUCGACAUAUCGUGUAAGUCGAGUUGUAUAAAUACCAGAAGUGGACAGAAUUUUAUCACAAUAAUAGAUUUUCAAUUGAAUAGUCUUCGGAUAAGGUUUUAUUUAUUGUUUACAAUGCAUUACUUGAUGUAUAAUUUUGAUUGUAAUUUUUAUUGAACAAAUAAUGUCAACAUCAAAAGUUGUUUAUCUUUCAUUCGUUUGAAAAGGUAUCUAAUUUGAAUUCUUUGAGAAAGAAGAGUAAGCAUCACAAGCCAUUGGUUUAAGUGCAACAUUGAGCGUGGAAGUAAUAUAUUAUCUUCGUUAAGUAACAAUACAAUACUUCUUCUUUAUUAUUAGUUGAUUAGUAUAUAGAAGCAACUGUCUUUUAAUUGUAGUCCUUGUAAAGGACAUUCCUACUUAGAUUAUUAUUUCUGUCUCCCUUCAAUACAUUUGGUAUUCUGUAUAUGAAUGGAAAAUAAUAAUUUACUUCCACUUGUAACAUAGCUGGUAUAUUAUCCUUGCCUAUUGCGUAUAAAAAUCAAAUACCGAUACCGAACGUGCAUACCAGAGCCGAGAUCUAAACGCGCGUUACGGUCAUUUACAAUCUGUUUAGCAAUUUUCUUUGGUACACAAUUAGUUUUGCGGUAUCAGCUAUGUAAUUGUUCCUUAGUUCGUCUUCGUAAUGCUGCGCUAUCGUGUUCGUAGCCAGAAAUUAUCCGACAAACGUGACAGCACUAAAUGUGUGUCUUCGAUCAUACACGAAUCCGCGCGCAUUGUGUUCAAGGCUCUGCAGAGCCUGAGACUGUAGGACUGUACUAACGAACGAGCAAACCUUUAAUUACACGCAUCUAUCUUGCGAGCAGAACCUACAAAUUGCUGCCGAAGAAUUCAAAUAGCGUCACAUCAUGUAAUGCAUGUAGAUGCGCAGCAGAGAAGAAUUGAUUAAACCAUUUCCGCUUUUAGGGCACAUACAAACACACAUACAUAUACACAUACACACUACGCGUCGAUGUGCAAUGUAUAUUGUCCGACCAUGUAUCGCGUACAGUACAUGACACUUUUUUCAAGUAUUGUAAUUUUAUAUGAACAAACGAGUAUACGUAUGCGAGGCUGUACGCAUGUGUGUGCGAACAUCGGAGAGUGUAUAAAAGAGAAGCGUGUGGAAAGGAAAAAAAUACAUACACAAGAUGAAGAGUAUUGCGGAUCCUUGCGAAACAAAUUUUCAAGUACAUAAAAUGUUCCGUGUUCUAAGAAAGGAAUGUCACGUUUAUACUAAAGCACAAAUGAAUAAACAUCUAUAUAAUGCGUA